AUGGCGCCUAGAUGUAAGGAGUCAGAAUCGUUAUGCCAUCUUAAUACAAUACAAGAUAUUCGCGAUAGUCUAGAACGGUUUUGGAAAAUUGAGGAAUGUUUGUCAACACCAAAUUUGACAAGAGAGGAAUCCGAGUGCGAAGACCUAUUCGUAAAGACCAUGAAGCGUGACGAGCAAGGGCGGUUUACGGUACGGUUGCCUUUUCGAGCAAACGCGGACAAACUCGGAGAUUCGUUAGAUAUGGUAAUUAAGCGACUUUACUCAUUGGAAAAACGAUUAGCCAAGGAUUCUAGUCUCAAGGAGCAAUACGUUAGCUUCAUGAAUGUGAACUUAGAACUUGGUCAUAUGACCGAGGUAAAGUCAAGCGACAGGGACCUCGAGUCAGUGUACUAUCUACCGCAUCACAGCGUAGUAAAGGAAUCGAGCAUAACUACCAAGACACGCGUGGUUUUUGAUGCAUCAGCGAAAACGUCAACGAACUUGUCGCUGAAUGACGUCUUAAUGGUCGGUCCAGUCAUUCAAGACAGUUUAUUCGCGAUACUGAUCAGAUUUAGAAUGCAUAAGUACGUUUUUACCGCGGAUGUAACGAAAAUGUACAGGCAAGUUAAUGUUCAUGAAGCCCAUCGAGAUUUUCAACGCAUCAUUUGGCGUCCAGAUGAAAGAGAACGUAUACGUCACUAUCGGUUAAAUACAUUGACAUACGGGACAGCUCCGGCUUCAUUUGAGGCUAUACGGUCACUUCGGCAAACAGCUGUGGAUAAACAGAGUGUAUUCCCUGAUGCAUCAAACAUAAUUUUAUCGGAUUUUUAUGUCGACGAUCUUAUUUCGGGAUCUAAUACGGUGAAAGAUGCGCUGAGACUUGCGCAUGAAAUAGAUACGAUAUUGCGCGGCGGAUGUUUUCAUUUGCGCAAAUGGAAUAGCAAUAGCGAGGCCUUUAUCAAUGCAAUACAAACUGAACCGGGUAGUAAUCAAAUACAUUUAACGCAGGAUACUAAUUCUAAAACGCUUGGUUUGUCUUGGGACGCUAAGAAAGAUAUGCUGAAUUAUCAAGCAAAUGCGAUUAGUAACAAAUCGAAUAGGGUUACGAAAAGAGCGAUAUUGUCAGUCGUGUCGCAAUUAUUUGAUCCGCUAGGAUUAGUUAGUCCCACAAUCGUUUUGGGAAAAAUUAUCAUGCAGAAAAUAUGGAAAUUAGGAAUCGGUUGGGACGAAGCAUUGCCCCUCGACUUAUUCACGCUAUGGAGUCAAUUCUGUGAAGAUAUGAAAUUCAUAAACGAAGUUUCUAUACCUAGAUACACGAUGGGUCAUCAAUGCAGGGUAUUAGAAUUGCAUGGUUUUAGUGACGCGUCCGAAAUUGCAUACGGAGCGUGCCUAUACGUACGAGCGGUGGAUAAGACCGGUAAGAUUAUCACUAAAUUAUUAUGUGCUAAAUCGCGCGUGGCACCAGUAAAAACAAUAAGUUUGCCGCGUCUUGAGCUGUGUGGUGCGGUAUUAUUGGCACGUUUACAUCAGCAAGUAAUCGAAGCAUUGAGUCGCCUUCCAAAUUGGAAGUCUGAUAGUUUUUAUUGGUGUGACUCUACUAUCGUUUUAUCGUGGAUAGCUACCGAAUCAAGACUAUUAAAAACCUUCGUAGCAAAUAGAAGCGCGGAAAUACAGAGACUUACAGACAGUAAGCGUUGGGCGCAUGUCGCGGGGAGUGAAAAUCCAGCAGAUAUUGUAUCUAGAGGCAUGAGCUUAUCUAAACUAGCGACUUCGCAAUUAUGGUGGAACGGGCCACCAUGGUUAGGGCUAGGGUCGAAUCAUUGGCCAAUCACAGAUAAUACGUGUAUUCCUGUGCCUUCUGAAUUGAAGGCAAGCAAAAUAGCAUGCAUUACGAUUAAAUCUGAUUAG